CACACAACAAUCUAAAAAGUAAAAACUAUUUUAUAUGAUGAAUGUUCUUGUCCAUAUUACAAUUCUGUGUUUAAAAUAUGAAAGAUUUGAUUCUGCAAUUUGUACUGCUUAAAAUUUUUUAAGGUCAUACUUUUUCUCACUCUUCUCCCCACCCACCUUUAUAUGCGUGUAUUCCUGCAACUGCUUACCUCUACACAUCAAAUUGUGCCAUAAUCUUCUAUCAACAUUACAGAACUUCUUCUCCUUUUCUUAAAAAGAAGAAUAAUGGGUGUGGACAUACAAGGUAAGCUUCGUUUAGCUCUUGGCUCAGUGAAAGAUCAUGCCUCUAUUGGCAAGGCCAUGAUGUAUCAUUACCAACAUGAUGGCUUUUCCAACAUAGAGAUUGCAGUGCUGCGUGCCACUGGCCAUGAUAAUGGCACCAUUGGUGACAGAUAUAUGCAUGAAAUCCUCUUUCUUGUGUCAAACUCUCCAGGCUCCAUUCCUUUUCUGGCUGAAAGGAUUUCACGUCGCUUAGGAAAAACUAAGGAUCAUGUUGUGGCCCUCAAGACUCUUGUCUUGAUUCAUCGCCUUCUUAGAGGGGGAAACAGGUCCUUUGAACAAGAAUUAUGCAAGGCACAUGUCUCAGGUCACCUACAGAUUAGUACAAGAUGUUUCACAAAGAGUUCUGAUCACCCUUCAGCUGGUUUUCUACACAAAUAUGCUGCUUAUCUUGAAGAGAGGAUGAGUUGGCUCAUCAACCAAGCAGGGAAACUUGAGCCUGUCAUGUCCAAAGGGUUAGAGUUUAGGCGCUAUGAUGAGAAAUCCUUUGAUAUGGCAUUCAGAACAUUGCCUAAAUGCCAAGUGCUUAUUGAUAAGGUGUUGGAAUGCUCACCACACGAUAUUUUGUGCUCAGAUCAUAGCCUGGCUCAAGCUGCCAUGAGCAACACCUUGAGAGAAAGUUUCCAAGUUUAUAUGACAUUUUCUGAAGGCAUUGCAGCUCUUGUGAACAUGUUCUUUGAUCUAACAGAAUCAGCCAGAGGCCUAGCCUGUGAAAUACUCAAGACAGCUUCUCUCCAGAGCCAAAAGCUUCAUGAUCUGUAUGAAAGUUGCAAAUAUGUGGUUGAAAACAAGAACUUGGAUUACCCUUCUGUUCAAAUCAUCAGUAUGAGUCAUAUAGUGGCACUGGAACAACUUGGUAGUCAACAAAAUGAACUUGCAACUUCACAUGUCUCUCUAUCUAGCAUCUCAAGGCCACCUCCAAUUUCAGGCCACUUGACAAAAUCAAAAGAGAUGAUAGAGUUGGAAGUGGCAGCAGAAGAAAACAAAAGGAACGAAGAGAAAAUUGAUGUAAACCUGUCACCAACCCCAACUCUUUUUUCAUGGACACUAGAGACUAAAAUAAGCAUGGUGUGGGUGGUGUUUGAAGAUGAAGUUCCCAAUGAAUCACAGGUUCUUCCAGCACAGCAAAAGCUUGGAACUGUUGAUGCUGUUGCUGAUAUAAAAAGUGAAUAUGGUAGGCCUAGUAGUGUGUUCCUGAAUCCAUUUUCAUCUACUUUUCAAACAAGCAUGUCUUCAAAGGUAUGAGCUUUGCCGAAUCAACAAGGUUGAAUGAGUUCUUCAAUGGUUUUGGUAAACUGAAUAAUACUGUCCAAUCAUUUUCCCUGUUUUACACCAUGUUGUGAAGGAAAAGUAAAUGGUGCUAUAGCUUCUGCAUACUACAUAAAGAACUGUAAUAUGUGAGUAAAUGUUGCUGUGAGAAACAUGGGGAAAAAGUGUUAGAAGAGUACUAAUAUAGAAUAGGUUAUUUUCAGACAUGUAUAAUAUUGUUUUCAUAUUUUGAUUGUUUUCUGUAGGUACAAAUGUUUUAGGUAAUUCAACAUAAAAGAGAGGGAGGAAAUUAUUACUGUCAUCUUUUGUGGGUGAUGUUUGAGUUUGGUGUUAUUUUUUGUUUGUUCAGUUACUUUCACUGUA